AUGUGUUUCUUGAAACAUACGUGGAAAGUCUUGUUUGCCGUUUUCGUACCUUUCGCUUUAACUCCGAUUUUACUUCUUUACGACUCUCAGGAAACAAAAUGCGCAUUUGUCAUCCUAUGGAUGGCUUGUUACUACGUUUUCGAACCGAUUCCCGCAGCCGUGACGUCGUUAUUUCCCAUUGUGUUGUUUCCGAUUUUGGGGAUAAUGCCUACCAUGGAAAUAACUCCAUUUUAUUACAAAGACAUUAUUAUGAUGUUUUUGGGAAGUUUAAUAAUAGCGGCUGCUGUCGAAGAGUGUAAUUUACACAGGAGGAUCGCGCUGAAAGUUUUGUUAACGCUGGGAACUACGAUACGCUGGUAA